CUAGGGCGUUCCCGUGAUGGCGACCUUAACCAUAUUCAAACUCCUUUCUUGAAGUUCUUCUGUCAAUUUUCUCUCACUCUGCAUUGAUGGAGUUUGAAAAGCGUAUCAGGUUUUUAUUGGUACAGGCAGGUGCUCUAUCCUAGUGUUGUUGGCAAGCCGACCUUUUACCCCACGGCCCGGGAAUUUCCGGGCGGUGCAGGCCUGAUUCAUUAGCGCCAGGCGACGUUUUUGUGGUUCGACCGCGUUCAAUUCAUUUCACUUCAGGUGGAGAAGCGACAGCUGGCAAGUGCUCUCUUUUUAUUCAACACCACUGCGGCCUCCAAACCAUCUUUUACAACUAAUUCUCGACGUCUGCAACCAUGGGAAAAUUGACUUCAAUGCUAGGUCUUCUCUUGACACAUCCUCUUGAGUUCAGAACUCUUGUUCAUUUCUACCUUUACCAUGAGACGAAACGCGACAUUACCGCUCAGCAAGAGCACCCCACGUCAGGCUGGGAUCGAGCCUCUAUGCGCCGUUGCUGGGAAUUCCUUGAUAUGACAAGCAGAAGUUUUGCGGCUGUCAUCAAGGAGCUUGACGGCGACCUUGCAAGGACGAUUUGCAUGUACUACCUCAUUCUGCGCGGCCUGGACACAAUUGAAGACGACAUGACUAUCCCCGACGAAAAGAAGCAGCCAAUACUCCGCCAAUUCCAUAACUUAACGAUAACCCCUGGCUGGAACUUUACAGAGAACGGCCCUGAUGAGAAAGAUCGAAACCUGCUCCUCGAAUAUCACAUUAUCGUGGAUGAAGUCAAUAGACUGCCACCCCAAUACAAGACUGUCAUUCUUGACAUCUGUCAGAAAAUGGAGAACGGCAUGGCGGAUUACGCACAUAAAGCCGCAACCAACGGCACUGUUUACCUCGAGACUAUUGCGGACUAUGACCUCUAUUGUCACUACGUCGCAGGUCUGGUAGGUGAAGGCCUCACUCGCAUUUGGUCAGCUUCAGGCAAGGAAGCGUCUUUUCUCUGCGAUGAACUCGAGCUAGCAAACUCUAUGGGCCUUCUCCUCCAAAAGACUAAUAUCAUCCGUGAUUUUAGGGAAGACGUCGAGGAGAAACGCUUCUUUUGGCCUCGAGAAAUUUGGGCUAAAUACGGUUUCAACGAAAUGAAAGAUAUGUACGAGAAGGGUGACGUUGAGCAUGCCACGUGGAUACAAAGCGGCAUGGUCCUCGAUGCUCUGCGACAUGCAUGCGAUUCUUUGGACUACCUGCGCCUACUCAAAAACCAGAGCGUGUUCGUGUUCUGCGCAGUCCCCGUCUCCAUGGCAAUGGCCACAUUGGCGCUUUGCUUUAUGAACCCAGAAAUGUUCCAGCGUAACAUCAAGAUACGGAAAGCGGAGGCUGCUCACCUUAUCAUGCGGUCAACAAAUACCAGAGAAGUCGCCUUGAUCUUCCGGGAGUACGCACGGAAGAUCCACCACAAGGCCAAACCGCAUGAUCCAAAUUUCCUCAAAAUUUCAGUGAUGUGCUGCAAGAUCGAGCAAUGGUGUGAACAAAAUUUCCCUUCAUUCGUUAUGCUCGGCGAAAAGGGGCCGAUAUACGACUCUGCAGACAAGAGAACAGUCAUCUUCAGAGCAGAAGAGAAGAGGGCGGCACAGCGUCUUGUCGCUGAUCCAAGGAACGCACCCUUGCCCCAGGACUUGUUCCCAUGGGAGCUGGCUGCCUAUCUCGUUGGCGCAAUGUUGCUUAUGCUGGGCCUAAGCGCUCUUAUCGUGUGGGUCAUGCUCAAGUUCAUUCCACAGGCAUAAAGUUUGGGAUACCGGACUGUCGCAUUUGGUAUUUUGAUCUUGGAAUCUACAGUAGAUAUCAUACCCCUCAAACUUACUGUUACUAUUAAUGGACUGGCUUUGUGAUAGCCGUUGCUACAUAUCUUCGUGUAUAGUGUUGAGACUGGUGUUGCAUGGGACAAGACAGAAAAAUUAUGAAGCUACUUGCGAGAAACAAA